AUGGCGGGAGAGGGCAAGGGUUCCGGUGAUCCGGAUGCAGGGGCGUCGAAGACGAAAAAGGGCAAGAAAUCCGCUGCUGCUGCUGCUGCUGCUGCUGCUGCUUCUGCUGCUGCUGCUGGCAAGAAGGGCACGAAACCAACGCGAUCACCGUCAAGUUCACCACGAGCAAAGGCUGGGAAGAAAGGAAAGGGCUCCGGAGCCAAGAAGGCUGCUGCUGCAGCAGUAGUAAAGCAGGAGAAGGAGAUCGAUGGCGACGCACCCGCGGCAGUAGAGGAAGAAGGCCAAGAGGAGAAGGGAGAGCAGGAGGCGGGCAAGCAGCAGCAACAACAACCGUCCGACCAAGGCAAAGCAACGCCGGAGGGGGAGGAGGAAGAGCAACAGCAGGUGGCCGAGGCAAUGGAAGAGGAGGAGGAGGAGGAGGAGGAGGAGGACGAGGAGGAGGACGAAGAAGAGGAAGCCACUGACGAGGGCGAGAGUGCGCCGGUGCUCGGCGAGGAUGAACGGGCAACUAUUCCGACACACCGACUCCUUAGGCGGCAGGCGUCUGCUGCCGGAGAGUUCGACUACGGCGCUAUCGGCAACCGCGCCUCGGAUAGGUUCAAGACGUACGUGAGGCGCAUUGAGCUGGACCCCUGGGAUACGGAUGCCUGGACGGGGCUGGUUAAGGAGGCCCAGAACAACAGGGGAGGCGGCAUGAGCCUGAAGGAUGUCUUGAGGAAAUUUCUUAAGCAAUUCCCGACGUCCGGAAGGUACCGCCGCAUGCUGGCCCAGGCGGAGAUGGAGAGCGGUGAUUGGCAGGCAGCCGACAAGGUUCUGCAAGAGGGCCUGGAGAGCUGCGCCAGCCUGGAGCUCUGGCUGCUCUACCUGGAGAGGGUCAGGCGCUCCGCGGUGGCUGGCGGGGGCCGGACGGAGCAGGAGGCGAGGGAGGACACGAUCGCCGCUUUCGAGCUGGCGCUUCUGCACGUCGGCUGCAACCCGGCCUCGACCCCGCUGUGGCAGAAGUACCUGGACUACAUCAAGAGCUGGGAGGAGAGGAGCCCGCUGGACAAGGGCAACAAGAUGACCGCCAUUAGGAAGGCAAGAGGAGGGGGCUACGUGGGAGGCGGUUUGUUUUGUUCGGACACCGGGGGGAAGGUCAAGACUGACGAGAUGUACUCGCCUGUGGUUUACCGACGAGUUGUGGCCUUGCCCCUAGACGGCCUUGAGCCGCUCUGGAGGGAGUGCGAAGAGUUCGAGAUGGCCGGGAACGAGGUGCUGUGGAAGACCAAGUUCAGCCUUGAGUACCUGCCCAAGCACAUGGCGGCCAAAGCCGUCUACAAGGAGAGGAAGCCGAUUUGGGACGGCAUCGACCCGAACCUUCUGGCCAGACCUCCUCGAGGGCACCACAGGGGCAGCGGCGGCGGCGGCGGCGGCGGCGGCGGCGGCGGCGGAAAGGACAGCAAGAAGCGAGAGGAGGCGCAGGCUGGCCAGUACCGGCUCUGGAAAAGAAGACUGGCCUUCGAAAGGACCAAUCCAGAGUUGACUGACGAGGACGGGCUGCGGGCGAGAGUGCGCCACAGCUACGCUCAGUGCCUCAGCCACCUGAGACAUUUCUGCGAGAUCUGGUACGACCUGGCUGAGUACGAGUACUCCCUGGGCGAGGCCGAUCGCGCUGCCGCCAUCUACAGGAAGGCUGUGGAGGUGAUCCCCGGUAGCGACCUUCUGCGCGUGGCGCAGGCGGACUUGGAAGAGCGGAGGGGGCGCAUCGAGGAGGCCGAUGCCGCCUGGAAGGCGUUCCUCAAGGAUCGUGGCAGCACCACCGGGCACGUCAUGUACCUCAGGUUUGUCCGGCGCAACAUGGGCAAGCAGGCGGCCCGGCGGGCGUUCGGCGCCACCCGUGCGAUGCGGCGGGCGGGGCUGGUGGGGUACCGGCUCUACCUCGCGCACGCCUCCAUCGAGUUCCACGUCAACGGCGAGCCGGAGGUAGCGAGGAGGGUGCUGGAGCACGGCCUGUCGCAGCACGAGGGGUACGUCGCGGAACCGGAGUACGUGCUCGAGUACAUCGACUUCCUGGUGCAGCGUAACGACGAGGAGAACCUUCGGGUGCUGUUCGAGCGAGUGCUGCACCCGUCGGCUAUGCCUGCGGAGAGGGCUAGGCCUGUUUGGGAGCGGUUCGUGCAGCUAGAGAUGUGCUUCUCGAGCACGGGGGGGAGUUUGGCUAAGGCUCAAGAUGUCGAGAGACGCAUGAACCAGGUCUACCAGGAUAAUUCUGGCCCGUCGGGGCUGCUAGCGUUGUGGAAACGAUGCUCUGUGGCGGGGUGCGGGAUGCAUCCGGAAGGAGAGGUGGACUCGGCUUUUAGCGACAGGAUGUUCUUCGAGAGACGGGAAAGCCGUAGAAGCGGAAACAGGGGACGGGAUGCGGGCGACGGGAACAACCGAGACAGGAGCAAUCCCCAAGGGGGAAAUAGCGGCGGGAAAGACGGAGGCAAGGACACCGGCAGCGGCGGGGGCCCAGCGAAAGGGGGUUCACAAAAGGGGGGGAAGGCGGAGCGGGGCGGGGACGACAAGGACGGCGCCCCCGGAAAGAACGCCUCCCCCGGGGGAGGCAAAGAGAGCGAGAACGACGACGAGGGGUGGUCACGGGGGGACUCGAGCGUCUCCCCGCUGAUCCCGCCCUUCCUGAGAAAGUUGUUCAUGGCCCUGCCGCGCCACAUCGGGCCCCAGCCGGAUGCGGAGGGUCUCCUGAAGGCGCUGAGGGAGAGGGCUCUCCCGGGGAAACCGAGUGCCGGCUCCGGCGGCCACAAGGGCAAGCGGCGGCGAAACGACAGCGACGACGAGGACGACGGCGCUGGUGGGCUCGAGGCCGCUCCUCACAAGAAGCCCGUCAGGGACAUCUUCCGGCAGCGGAUGCAGGCCAACCUCACGCCGCACGACGACUGAUAGAUAGGCUGCUCGCUUCAAGAUGGCAGUUUCCGUUGUUGACAUUGCUGAGAGGACGGUGGUCCUGAUGAUGAUGAUCAUGCAGCAGAGUGCUAUAUCUUUCGUUUGUUCUUGUCAUGAUUGAUUCCGGUUGAACCUUGUUGAUCGCGGUUGCCGUGUCUUCUGGUCGCGGGGAAGUCUUUCUUGAUGUGAAGUGAAGGGUGCGCGAGGCGCGCCGACCUGGGGAUUUGAGGCGCCUUACAUCCUCUCCCUUUCCAGGCGGCGGAGGUCGGAGGCAGCGGAAGGAUGUUGUUUCCCCGACGUUUUUGGCGUCUACUCUCGGCACUAGUUUUGGAUCGUGCGUGCGGCUGCUGCUGUUGUGUAUUAUGUUGCAGUUAUUUGCGUCUGGUAGAGAGUGGAAGGAUUGCUGCGAAGGCCGUUCGACGACUGAAACAUGACAAUUAAGGUGGAAUCGAAAUAUCAUGGUGG